AUGGACCAAGCCGUGGCCUCCCGGCCCGCGUCGGCCCCCGGCGCCGCCUGCUCCGAGGCGCAGGACGCGCUCCCUCGCCCCACUGGUGUCUUUCAGGUUACAGAAAAGAUGGAAAAAAGGACGUGUGCACUCUGCCCCAAAGACCUCGAGUGUAGUGUCCUGUAUUUUGCACAAUCAGAGAAUAUAGCUGCGCAUGAAAAUUGUUUGCUGUAUUCUUCAGCACUUGUAGAAUGUGAGGAUCAUGAUCCACGUAAUAACGAUAGAAAUUUUGAUGUGAAAUCAGUAAAGAAAGAAAUCAAGAGAGGAAGCAAAUUAAAAUGCAAAUUUUGCGGUGAAAAAGGAGCCACCGUGGGAUGUGAUGUAAAAGCCUGUUCCAAGAGUUACCACUUUUUCUGUGCCAAGAAUGACAACGCAGUUCUGCAAACUGAUGGAUCUCAAGGAAUUUAUAAAGUUUUUUGCCAACAACAUGCUCCAUGGAUCACUCAAAAUGCUGAUUUUUCAGGAGUGAAAAGAAAAAGAAGAAGGAAGAAACGUCUCUCAGCAGACAUUCAGGUACAGUCACCUGAAGCAGCGGCAUUCAAUAGAGGCAUAAAACAAAUGCAUGAAGAUGACAGACACACAGAUGCAAUUGUGAAAGUUGCUUUUCUUAAGAAAUGUAAGGAAGCGGGGCUUCUUAAUGAUUUAUUUGAAGAAAUAUUAGACAAACUUCAUUUGAUUCAGCAAAGACUCAUGGAUAAGACUACUUCAGAAUCAGACUAUGAAGAAAUUGGAACUUCACUUCUCGACUGCAGAUUGUUUGACGAUAUAUUCGUGAAUUUUCAAGCAGAAAUAGAGAAUAAAAUUCAUCAAUCUGAAGAAAGGCAGCAGCAGCUGAAGGAAGAGAUUGAGCUACUUCGGGACUUAAAACAAACCUUGUGCUCUCUUCAAGAAAACAGAGACCUUAGAUCAAGUUCUACUUCAGUGUCUUCUCUGUCUUCUUAAUGAUCGCCAUUUCCUAAGCCAGAAGUCAGGCAUAGUUGCAAGCAGGCUCAAAACUGGAGUUCUGGCCUGUGAAAGCCACACAUCUUUAGGACCUGGCCUCUCAUCUCUCUCUGGUCUGCAACCUUCAAUCCUCAUCAGCUCUUACCCUCUUGCUGAUUGACAUUUCAUGCCUGACUGGGUGUUUACUGCCCUCCCUUAUCAUCUCACUUCUACCUCCACUCUCCAAUAAAAUGUUUCUCAGGUCUACUUGAGUCAAUUGGAUCAUGCCUCCCAUCUCUCCCACCUUCUGCACUGAAAAUCCUGCAGUGGCUUCCUGUUGGUGCACUGCCACCCACCUCUCCCACACUCCAGGGAUCUAAGUUGAUUCCAGUCACACACCAGGUGCUCCUACCCCUGGGGCCUUUGCACAUCCUGCCGUGAAGUUUUAACUGCUCUUUAACCCUUCUCUGUCUGCUCCUCCUGUAGAUCUCAUCACACCAGUUCUCCCACUUACUCCAUCUGAGAGUACUUUUCCUUCAUAUCACUUCCCAGUGUAACCCACUGUCCCUUACCUUACACCAUUAGAAUGUAAGCUGUCUCAGGGCAGGAACUCACUAUUCUGUGUUUUGCUCACAAUUACAUUCCCAGCACGCUCAACAAAUGUUUGCUGAAUAAAUGCACUAACUUUUCUUAUCUUUUGAGACUAGUUCCAGCCCAUAAUGCCUCUUACAUAUAAUAAAUUUGAAUAUUCUACUUUACUUGUACCAAAUUUA